UACCAACUUUUCAAACACUUUCGUGCUAAAUCAAACCUCAGUCAUAUGUAAAUGGAUAUAUGUAGGACUCAAUUAUUAUUCGUACAUAAAUCCCAUAGAUCUAUGUAUCGGUAAAUCCGUACUCUUCAGCUAAAAUAAGUCAAUCCAUCAUUGCUUAGGUCGCCAUCAUCAUGAAAACAACAAAGUAGUGCAGUGGUUUAGUAGCAGUAGUGGUCAGUAGUCGAACUUAUCAAAUCUCAGAGUCAGUCAGCCAGUUGUGCAAAUAUCUAUUUUUUGUAGGGGAUGAAUUAAUUAGUUUGGGUUAUUAAUAGUGUUUAAACGACUGCUAAAAAAUAGCUUAGUGUUAUCCAUGGGGGAAUUAUAUAGCUGAAAAAUGAGUAAUAUACAUAAUUUUAGUGAAAAUCGUGGCAGUGGUCCGGUGUACAAUUCCGGGGACAUUGCUUGGAUCCUGUCAUGCACGACCCUCGUUUGGCUCCUGAUCCCUGGGAUCGGAUUUUUCUACUCUGGCAUGGCACGAUCGCGGAGUGCCUUAUCAUUAAUCAUCUUGUGCUGUUGGUCCAUUGCCGUAGUCUCAAUUCAGUGGUUCUUAUUCGGCUACUCGUUGGCAUUAAGCGAAGGGAGCAAAUGUCCCUUUAUUGGUGGGUUCGGCCGUGUCCUUCUCUACGGGCUGGAUGAACCCAGUGAUAUCGGGGAGGAUGGAGGAGGCAGAGUUGUACCGGAAGUACUUUUUUGCAUCUAUCACUCCAUGGUGGCUGGAAUAACGCCUGCCCUCGUCGUGGGAGCAAUCGCGGAGAGGGGUCGGUUUCUUCCAACGGUUGUAUUUAUGCUAUUUUGGACUACUUUGGUGUACGAUGUCCUUGCGUAUUGGACCUGGGGGCAGGCUGGGUGGUCAAACCAGUUGGGAGGGCUGGACUUUGCUGGGGGCACGCCAGUUCACAUCGCUUCCGGCGCAGCUGCUAUAGCUUAUGCGAUGCAGCUCGGGGAGAGAGAGGGGCGGCACGUUAUCAAUUAUAAGCCUCACAAUUUGGUCCAAGUCGUUCUUGGGACAUCACUCAUGUGGUUUGGCUGGUUCGGAUUCAAUUCAGGAAAUGCAAAGGGAGCGAACGCCAGAGCAGCGAUGGUACUGCUAGUGACGAAUUUAUCAGCGUCAUUCGGUGGGAUCACCUGGGCAUUAGUGGAUUACAGGAAGAACAAAUCGUUUUCUGCGUUGAGCUUCUGUUUCGGGGCGGUUGCAGGUCUCGUCACUAUUACGCCCGCGUCCGGGUUUAUCCGUCCAGCCUCUGCGCCAAUAUUUGGUAUCGUUGGUGCCGUGGCAUGUCGCUGGGCCUCUGAGCUAAAGCAUAUCAUCGGAGUGGAUGAUGCACUCGACGUCGCCAACGUCCAUGGAGUGGGUGGCCUCAUAGGAACCCUACUUACAGGCGUCUUUGCGGAAAGUGGGAUGGCCGCUUUGGACGGGAUAACGACGGACAUUCGGGGGGGUUGGAUUGAUGGAAACUGGAUCCAGGUGGGAAUUCAGGCGGUUAACUGUGUCGCCGGUGGAAUCUGGUCUUUUGUCGUGACGUAUGGAAUUUUAUGGGUUAUGAAUAAAAUUCCAGGGUUAGAAUUAAGAGUUGACGCUGCGUCAGCCAGGUUGGGCUUGGACAAGGGCGAAAUUGGCGAAUGUGCGUAUGAACGAAUUGCUCCUGCUCCUCCGGGUAGUGAAGGAACGGGGUCAGAUCCGUAAUUAGUAAUUAAUUAAUUCACAAAUUUU